GCCAACGUGAGCCGCAGAGACAGAAGUGGAAGGCAAGGAGAGCAGCUGCAGAGGAGGUCCAAGACUGCAAAAAACCAGGACCAAGAUCAGAUCCAGGACCACGGACCAGUACAGGAUCAGCCCAGUCCACCAUGUCAGAGUCCAUCAAGAGACGCAACUCCAGCAGGCAGCUCCUGCAGAACCUCAUCAGGGUGACGGCACAGAGGAGCCAGGAGGACGCCGAGGAGGUUGAGAGGGAGCGAAGGAGAAGAGCCAGGGACAUGCAACAAGGAGACGAAAGCCCCCCCAGGCCGGAGCCCCCCCAACAAAGCAAUCUCACACACAACACACAGUCGGGUGAAGAGCUGAAGCCCGGCCGCUGCCUGGCCAUGGAGGAGGACGAAGGCUUCAGCGACUGGAGCCACCGGUUGGAAAACCGGUUGGAAAAGCACGAGGCGCAGGCGCAGGCGCAGGCGCAGGCGCAGGCGCAGACGCAGGCGCAGACGCAGGAGGAGUUCAGGGUGAAGCAGCAGAGACCUGCAGCACCAUCGGACUCCAAGGAGGAGAAACAACAGGAGAAACAACAGGAGGAUGGAGAGGAGGCCAGAGGGAAGCCAGAACAAAGCUGCCAGUCUGAGGAUGUUUCCACACAACCGCCAGAAAAGACGUCCCUCAGAAAACAUGCCUUCAGGACGUCCUACAGCUCCUCAGUGUUCCUGUCCCAGGACUCCAGGCCGCAGCACGCUGCAGGUCAACCCCCAGAAAGGACAUCGUACUUGGCGGCGGGGACGAUGAGGCCCCGUGGAGGAGCCUGCAGGAUGGACGAGGAGAUAGAGCCGGAGAAGCAGAAGAAAGAGGAGAAGCAGAAGAAAGAGGAGAAGCAGAAGAAGGAGGAGAAAGAAGAGGAAGAAGAGGAAGAAGAGGAAGAAGAAGAAGAAGAAGAAGAAGAAGAAGAAGAAGAAGAAGAAGAAGAAGAAGAAGAAGAAGAAGAAGAAGAAGAAGAAGAAGAGGUUCAUCAAACAUUGCAGAGGGAGUCAGCUCAAACUCUGGACAGUGGCAGAGAAGGAGAUGUGAGCUACAUGCAUGAGGAGAGGAAAGACAUUCACGUCCAGAAGAGGCACAGUCCUGUGGUCUCAGAGGAGGAAGAGCAGACGAUGGAAAACGAGAGGUCAGAGGAAGCCGGGACCUGGAGGGGCGAGGUGGUGAGCAGCAGGUCUGCAGGGUCUCUCUGCAGCAGCAGUGAAGGCGAGGAGUCGUUAAACUGCUACGGCCCCAUGAGCCCCACAUUCAAGAAACUCCUCAUACAGUUCUACCCAGACGAGGUGAACAGUCGCGUCUCACCAGACGGAAAAUGCACGAUUACAGAGAGAACUGAGUCCCUGAGGAGAAGUGUUGGCAGCAUCAAGAAGACGGUGCCACCUGUUCCCGUCUCUAAGAUCGACAAAAAGCUGGAACAGUACGCACAUGCUCUCGAGGUCUCCUCGAAGGAAGGAAGAUCAGUCUCUCAGGGCCUGACAGACGUGACGAGUCCCGCUGAGCCAGUCGCAUCUAAGAAGAACCUGUUUGAAGCCGGAGAAGCCUGGAACCAAAACGUCACGUCAGUCACGCCAUCCAAGGAUGCUGAUGGUAUAAAAGUGGGCGUUGCUGAUCUCAUCAACCAGUGGGUGAAAGGUGGUGAAGACGAAAGCAGGUGCAGCUCACCAUCCAAACCAGCGGAGAACGCCGCUAAAAAAUAUAAAUAUGUGGUGACGGGUCACGGCAAGUACGAGAAGGUUUCUGUCGAUGACGGCUGCAGUGAAGAGAUAAACUACCAGGCAGAUGGACAGCUUUAUGAAGAUUUGUGAACCGGAUGUUUUGGAUACAUAAAAACCACUUUCACUUCAGCAUUCUCUCUAUUUCAAGCUUUAUGUUGAAAAGUACCUAAAUUCUGUUACUUCCCCUGAAAGGUAGCGCAGUAAAACGUGAGUCUUUUCUUUGUUUAAAAUGGACAAAUCCUCAUUUCAUUCUGUGACCAAUAUCUCAAGGCACUUAAUAUAUCUUUGAAAACAAUUAAAAACAUUUAAACUGAUAAGCUGUGACUGAUUCUGUAGUUCUUAACCUCUUGAAAAAAAUCACUUUGACUUCUUUUUAAUUAAUAAGGGAUUGUGUUUCCACCGCAACAUAGACAGCUUUGAGACGAGUCUUGAGUUGACUUUAGAAAAC